AUGGACAAGGGAAAUUGUUCCACAUUGACUGACUUCAUUCUAAUGGGAAUUUCCAAUCAGCCUGAGGUCAAAAUGAUUCUGUUUGUUGUGUUUUUACUUGUCUACAUCAUCAAUCUUCUUGGAAACCUCGGGAUGAUCACUUUGAUCCGAGUGGACUCCCAGCUCCACACACCCAUGUACUUCUUCCUCAGCCACCUCUCCUUCUGUGACCUCUGCUACUCCACAGCCAUUGGGCCCAAGAUGCUGGUGGACAUAUUUGGCAAGAACAAAUCAAUUCCUUUCCUGGGCUGUGCUCUGCAGUUCUUUAUUGACUGUACCUUUGUAGAUUCUGAGUGCAUGCUGCUGGCAGUGAUGGCCUUUGAUCGAUACAAAGCCAUCAGCAAUCCCCUGCUCUAUGCAGUGAAUAUGUCCAGUAGGGUGUGCACCUUGCUCGUGGCUGGAGUUUACCUGGUGGGAGUGGCAGAUGCCCUGAUACAUACUACCUUAACAUUCCACUUGUGCUUCUGUGGGUCCAAUGAGAUCGACCAUUUCUUUUGUGAUAUCCCUCCCAUCUUAGUACUGUCUUGUUCAGAUACACAAGUCAAUGAGUUAGCAAUAUUCAUCAUUUUUGGUUUCAUUGAACUGAGCACUAUCUUAGGAGUCCUCAUCUCUUACUGUUACAUCAUCUUAUCUGUGAUCAAGAUCCGCUCUGCUGAAGGCAGGUUCAAAGCUUUCUCCACCUGUGCUUCCCACUUAACAGCAGUGGCGAUUUUCCAGGGAACUGUGCUCUUCAUGUAUUUCCGACCGAGUUCCUCCUACUCCCUAGAUCAAGACAAAAUGACCUCUUUGUUUUACACCCUUGUGAUACCCAUGCUGAACCCUCUGAUUUACAGCCUAAGGAACAAGGAUGUGAAAGAAGCUGUGUUAAAGCUGAGGAAUAAAUGUUGUUUUUAA